AUGGAGGACUCUAGUUUGUGCCUUGGUGUGUCCUCAGCAGUUCCGGACGCUGACACUCAUCUCAGCAGUGCCGUACUCAAUGGUCGUUACCCAAUCAGUCAGAAGCUACACCAGCUAACUGCUCAGCUGGGCCACGCCUUUCCCGACUUACAGAGCCGACAGCAGAUCCCAGAGGAGAAGGCUGCCACCCCACUGGACGAAAAGACCCAUGCUGUUUUGGCUAGUCAGCCAAUCAGCAGUCAGAUGGCCCUGCUUGCCAACCAGCUUAACCGUGAUAUGGAAGCUGGCACUUUGAGUGGCCUGAAUGGGCGUGUAGACCUGCAGCAGUUCCUCAAUGGUCAAAACCUGGGCAUCAUGUCCCAAAUGAACGACAUUGAAGAUGAUGCUCGCAAGAACCGCAAGUACCCAUGCCCGCUAUGUGGCAAGCGUUUCCGCUUCAACAGCAUCCUCUCCUUGCACAUGCGCACCCACACUGGCGAAAAGCCCUUCAAGUGCCCCUACUGUGAUCAUCGGGCAGCUCAGAAGGGCAACUUGAAGAUCCACCUGCGUACCCACAAGCUGGGAAACCUAGGCAAGGGACGUGGGCGUGUACGUGAAGAGAACCGGCUCUUGCAUGAGCUGGAGGAGCGUGCCAUUUUACGCGACAAGCAAAUGAGAAACAGCCUCCUGCAACCUUCACAACCACUUCCACACCAGCCACACCUUGGCCUUCAAAGCCACAGCCAGCAGCAGCAACAGCCGGGCUCAGCCUGCGGUCUUCUCACACCCUCCACUUUAGGUGGCGCUUCAGAAAGUUCGGCUCAACCCUCAGCCUCGCCAAAACCGGCCGGUACCAACCAGCAAGACGAGCAAACACUCAAUCCACCUUCAGGUUUCCGCUGUACCUUCUGUAAAGGCAAGUUCAAGAAACGUGAGGAGCUCGAACGUCACAUUCGCAUUCUGCACAAGCCGUACAAGUGUACCCUGUGUGAGUUUGCCGCCUCGCAUGAGGAAGAUCUCAUCACCCAUGUGGAGAAAGCUCACAUAACCGCCGAGACUGCCCAGGGACAAGGUGCAGGAGCCGGAGGUGGUGAAAAACCAGCCAAUGAGUUCCGAUGCGAUGUGUGUGGCCAGAUCUUCAGCCAGGCUUGGUUCCUCAAAGGCCACAUGCGCAAGCACAAGGAUUCCUUCGAGCACUGCUGCCAGAUAUGUGGUCGCCGUUUCAAAGAACCCUGGUUCCUGAAGAACCACAUGAAGGUGCAUCUUAACAAGUUAGCCAUAAAGAGCAAGCCUCCAGGCAGCGGAGGUGCCGACCAAGAUGGACCUUCAGUCAACAGCAUGAGCAGUUUGGCCCAGGAAGCCCACGCUAACCUGUACUCGCGCUACAUCUCCUGUUUGCAGGGUGGCUUCCUUACACCUGAGAAGCAAGGUCUGGUUGAGCAGCAGCACCAGUUGUUGGCCAAAGCUGGGAUUGCCAUGAAGGAGAAAGAGAUGCUCGGAAAGCUUUUGGGCCCGGUGGCUGGCAUGAGCCAUGGGUUGGGUGAGAAUGAGAAACGUUCGCUCCUGGGAUGCUUGAACUUGGUGCCUCCUCUGAAGUCCAGCUGCAUGGAGCGUCUGCAAGCAGCAGCUAAAGUGGCAGAGAUGGAUCCUCUUAACAGUUACCAAGCUUGGCAGAUCAUGGCUCGUGGUAUGGCUAUGGACCGCUCAUUCAUGCCCAAGGAGCAACACCAUGGUGCUCAUGGACAAGAUGAGGAGCUAGCCAAUGCUGCAUCAAUGGUUCCCUUUGCUAAAGACAAGCAUGAGUACCCUACUCUGGGCUCUGGUGAAGGUCCCAAGCAGAAGCAGCACAAUGAGGCCAUCCAUGGACUUAAGUCCAGUGGAGGUAUGAUGCCCAUGAAAGAAGAAACUGGAGCCUUUGAUGGACAUAGAGAGUUCUUACCGCAUCAUGGAGGCAUGGGCCUUAGUCAGGGCCUCGAGUACAGUCUGGCUGGCCUGAAGGAGAAACCUACUGAGUGCCCUGACUGCGGAAGGGUCUUCAGAACCUACCACCAGAUGGUGGUCCACUCCCGUGUCCACAGCAAAGACCGUCGAGCCAUGGACGAGGGACUUCAGCACGGCCUGGAUGAGAGGCGUGGCUCGGGUAGCGACCCUGAAUCUCAGUCCAUUAGCCGCUCCACCACGCCUGGUUCCUCCAAUGUGACAGAGGAAAGCGGAGCAGGAGGAGGCCACUCACAGACAGGCAGUGUGCAAGAUGACAGCCCUCAUCCCUCUUCUCCAUCCUCUGAUCUGGGUGAUGACCUGGCAAAAGCAGCAGGGGCAGUGCAGCCUCCCGCUGCCCAGCAUAGAGACAGAAGUGUGGGCUCGGGCAUGAAGGACUGUCCCUACUGUGGCAAAUCCUUCCGCACCUCCCACCACCUCAAGGUCCAUCUGAGGAUACACACAGGUGAGAAGCCCUACAGGUGCCCUCACUGUGACUAUGCAGGCACUCAGUCUGCCUCACUAAAAUAUCAUCUUGAGCGUCACCACCGGGAGAGGCAGAAUGGUAGUGGACCUUCCGCCAGUCACCCCACAUCCUCUGACCACAGCAAGGAUGAUCAUGGUAAAACAGGAAGUGGAAGUGGUGUGUUUGCCCGUCCUGAGGUUCUGCGUGGGGUUUUUAAAGGCAUGAUGCCUGCUGGUCUAGACUUCAGAGGUGGGCAGCUGCUCCCACACCAGUGGGUCCCACCUGGAAUGCUCUCUCCCAGAGAAAGAGACCGUGAGAGGGAGAGGGAACGAGAACGCCAUGGACCAGGAGCAGAAUCAACUUCUGCUUCUGAGAACCUGAAGGCCACAGAGGGACCGGCCAGUGGAGGGGACAGCCCAGCCAGUUUUUCUGACCUGGGCCGGGCCUACCAGAGCAUGAUGGGGAAUGGAGUCAAUUUCCAGGGGUCUCUGCAGGCCUUCAUGGACAACUUUGUCCUGAAUUCCCUAAAGAAGGAGAAGGAGAUGAGGGAGACCCAGCUGCAUGGCCAACACUUUGGACUGGAGAGCUCUGAGUCCAAAACCAAGAGGACCAGUGAAGGAAACCAGGAGAACCAGGAAAACCCAGUUGGAGACUCCAAACCAACCGAAGGUGGCCGAUCUCAGUAUGAGCCCCUGGACCUGUCUGUCAGACCCGAUUCAGGAUCCCUUCCGGGAGCUUCUGUCACAAUCCAGGACAACGUGGCUUGGCAUGGCUGCCUAUUCUGCUCUUUUACCACUGCCUCAGUGGAACUCAUGGCUCUCCACCUGCAGGCCAACCAUCUAGGAAAAGCCAAGCGCAACCAGGGCAAAGAGGCCAAGGACCAAAUACCAGGAGACUCUCCCCAUGCAGGCAAACCCUCCAGCCUGGCUCCUCCACCGCCACCAGGCCUACAUCACCACCAACUCCAUGAAGGGACCUCCUCCCAAGAAAGGGAGGUUGACUCUGGGGAGCUGAAGAGCCAGACCGCCUGGUCCAACCACCUGGAACAUCCCCCACAUGGCGGCACCCCAAUGGGCGCAUUCCCCAGUGAUUUCUACAAGCCCUUUGGCCCUGUCUAUGAUGGAUCCACCCGGGGCACCGUGGGCUAUCUGGACCAGCAACCAGCACAGCUCGCCGACGUGGGCGGACAAGUCACCUCGGAUGAUCUUUCUGACAAGGCCUCCUGUGGAGACAUGGAGGCGUCUGAAGAGCAAGGAGGUCAUUCCGAGGAGGAUGAAGCAGCAAGCCAGGAAGACUCAUCAUCCAACCCUGCUGUGGCCACCGCUAAACGACAGACAAUGCGUUCGGAUGAAGAGGAGGAUGAGGAAGAAGAGGCCGAAGAGGGAGACGAAGAGAUGGAAACUGAGGAAAUGGAAGACAACGAUCGUGGUGCCAUGCCCAGACAUUCUGAAUCCCCCUUAACUGGGACAGGGUCUCAGAGAGCCAAAAUCUCCAUGGCUCCUCAAGGGCGUGGAGGCUCACCACCUCAGCCUCCAACCUUAGAGAAGCAGUGGCAACAGCAACAGCAGCCUGGCCUUGGUCUCCUCUCCCCAAGCAGUGGACCUCCCGGCCUUCUAAAGCCAGAGCAAGCCCACCUGGAGCACCAAAUGAACAUGCUGUCAGUGCUUCGUGCCUACAGCUCGGAGAACCUCACCGCCUUCAACGGAGGCCUGGCCAGCAGUUCCAAUGGAGGGGGGAAUGGGAACGGCACGAAGAGGGCAGACUCAACCGGUGAGGCCAGUCAAAGGCCGUUCCAGUGUCAGUACUGUCCCUACAGUGCAUCCCAGAAGGGAAACCUGAAGACUCACGUUCUGUGUGUCCACCGCAUGCCCUUUGACAACAGCCAGUACCCAGACCGCCGUUUCAAACGUUCCCGCGUCGACUCCGACCCAUCUGGCAACUCGGAGGACGGGAACCAGCCUCCUUCUGGCCCUGGGAGCGUAGGGGAAGGCAUGUCCACAGACGCCUAA